AAGAUUGAUUCGAUACCUCAGAUGCCCAAGGCGGGAGCGAAUAUGCAGGAGAGUCAGCAGCGGCAGAGCGGCGCAAGGCCGUACAGAUCCCACCUGCGGCCGGCGUGUGUGCCGUGUCGCCGCAGAAAGUCGCGAUGCCAGACCGCAGGCGAUGCUGCCGUCUGCCUGACCUGCCGUGCCCACCAGACCGAAUGCUUUUUCCCUGGUGACUCGCAGGAAUCUGCAUCUCCGGAGCCUGCCCGUCGACGCCGCCGAGUAGAAGCCCGGCCCUCGUCUUCAGAGCCUUCCCGAGCGAGUUCCCUGAGGGUUGCACAGGUCGCGGCGCCGCCCAUUGCCGGCAUCUCGACAACGGGUCAAAGCUACCAUGACCACGAGGAAGAAUCAACGCUGGCACUGGGCUCCGACGAUGACCAGCAUCUCAAUCUACAUAUCGUAGGCCCGGCUGCUACGAACGACAGCCAGGUCUUGUCUACUUAUCUCUCCGGAAUCCCUGGUGCUACCCGGAGUACUCGGAUGAUUAUCCCGGAGCCCGCCAGCUGUUCGCGGCCGGUGCUGUUUACGGAGGUUCAGAAGAGGCCUUUCGGCGUCAAGUUGAAUCGUAGCCCUUCGGCGGAGAAGCUGGAGAUUAUUGAAAAACUCUUGGAGCCUCAUAACGAAGCUGUUAUUGACGAAUACUUCAAGAAAGUGAAUGUGUGCCUCCCGCUGUUGGAUGAAGUUUCGUUCCGCCGUCAAUACCAGGAAGACAAGACGCGGAUCUCGCCGGCGCUCAUGGCAUGCCUGUACGCGCAUACAAUCGUGUACUGGCAGAGCUCUCCGGUCUUGAGCCGCUACAGGUGCCCGGAGAGCCGCUUCAUAUGGAAUCUUGCCAACGAAGCGGUAUACUCAGAACUCCAUCUGUCACCUGGCAUGUCUAUCAUCAAGGCGAUUGUACUGAACAUUGGCGGACGUCCAACCACGUCUCUGAUAGGAAACGGGGUGCUACUGGGUUCUGCAGUGUCCAUGGCGCAUUCGCUGGGCCUGAACCACAAUCCUCUUCCGUGGAAGAUUCCGCAGCCGGAAAAGUAUCUGCGUAUGAAGAUUUGGUGGGCGCUGUUGGUCCAUGACAGAUGGACAAGUCUGGCGCACGGCACGCCGCCUCACAUACAAAGGGCCCAGUACGAUGUGCCUCCGCCAACUCUGGAGUAUCUUGGCGAGACCCUGAUAGAAACCAAUAACUCUCGGUCUGAGCUAAGAGCCAAUAUCUUCAUUUCGCUGGUGACGCUGAGCGAAGUGUUGGACCGGUUCCUGCAGUAUGUGUACUGCGUUGGACGGGCUAAGCUGACGACUACCGAUCUCGAGCAUGCACUGCAUCAAUGGAUUGACUCACUGGAGGGUCCCUGUCGCCGGAUUGUCCUGCGCGGAUCCCAUCUGGACGUUACCGGGGCAGCAAACCUUCGCCUGGCCUAUCUGACUGCCAAAUUGCUUCUACAACGGAUCCAGCUCGAGGCCGAGAAGCAGGGAGACAGCGUCAGUGCAGAGAGCGUGAUCAACCGAUAUUCCGGAGCACGCAUGACGUCCGAGGAGAUUCUCAUGCUCAUACAAGACCUCCAACCGGAGCAUCUCGGCGACUUUUGGAUGUCUGUGAGCGCCUUUUCCUUCCCGGCCGCCGUCAACUUUUUGCUGCGGUGCGCGCUUGAGACUGAGAAUUCUCCCGAAGGCCUCGCGCAAAGCCCCUCGUUUAAGAUCGCCCGCGACCUCAUCACCACGCUUCGCUCGCACCAGGAGCAGCACAAGUGGGAUCUGGGCGACGUCUGUCUUGCCCAGCACGCCGAGAUUGUGGACAAGAUGCUGGCGGGUGCGGUGCCGGACGAGCAAGGCGGGAACAGUAGCAGUCUGGACCUGCAGGACUUUGACGUGUCGAUCCUGGACCACAUCUUCCCAAGCGUAUGGGACCCGUUGCAGAAUGCCUGGUGA